AUGGGCGCCUGGCAAGGGAAAGGCUAUGGUCUUGGGGUGCCCGGCCUGCCUCCGGGACCAGUGGCUUUCGCGACUGGCAGACCGAGUCAGGCGGGCCUGCGACCGGGUGCCAACGCGGCACCGAUGAGCCCAGUUUCUCCGCUAGCUUCUGGACAGCCGUUGCUGGGCACUCCUGCACCCAAGGCGGCCGCGUCUUUGUCUACGAACGUAGAAGGCGAGGCAAGCUCUUCUGGAGGCCAAGCAGCAGCUGCAGUUCCUGGAGCCAGCCUUGCUGGCAGUUUGGCUAACGCUUUGGGAGCUCCCGGGCUACCCGGUGGCUCUUCGACAGGGGAAAGCCCCAAAGGGGUUCAGAGUGCCUUUGAGUUGCUUGGCCGAAAGGCGCCUGCAGAGAGUGGUGCUCUUGGAAUGGAGACGAGUGAUGCUAUAGUAAAAGCUUUGACGAUGGCUGUUUCAGGUGAGAGAAAGGUUUGCCCGUCCUGGUCGGGAAGCACCGCGACCUUGAGAGCUUGGCUACGGCAGCUUAGCUUUUGGGAGAUUGACAAUCAGAUACCGAGGAAGCGCUGGGGAGUCAAGCUGUUUCAGUCGUUUCCCGAGGGAAGCGUUCCGCGCCGCAUAGCGGAGGGUUUGCCCAUGGAGGUGAUCCUUGGCGAAGGCGGCUAUGGUGCCAUCUUGACGGCCGUGCUGGACAAGUUCCGGCCCUUCUUGGAAGCAGCGGCACCUACCGCUAUCGACACCUUCUUCUUCCAGGGCGAGCGAUCUCGGAAUGAAACAUUCGCCGCUUUUAUCGCGGCAAAAGAACUGGCGAGACAAGAGGUGGAAAGCUUGGCCGGUGAAGCCAUACCUGCGAAGAUUGCGGGGCGAAUCUUGAUGCGCCAAGCUAAUCUCACUGAGGCUCAGCGGGAGGCCAUGGCUAUUAAGCACAACGCCUUGUUGACCUUUGACGAGGUGGCACGAGCACUUCGACCUCUGGAUCGACCCGAGGCUCUCAUGAAGCCUAUGGCCUCCUCGAACCUCCUUGCUUCGUCGGACCAAAUGAUGAACUACUGGACCAACGAAGAGGAGCCUGAGCCACCGCACCAGUAUCCUCCUGAUGGUCAAAACAACAUGGAGACCUUUGAGGAGGAGUGGCAUGAGUUUGCGGACGGCCCCAACUACUACGAGGAGCCGGAGGUUGAUGAGCACGGCGAGCUCCUGUUGUACUACGAGGCCGACCGCGAGUACGACGAGGAGGAGGCUUUGUAUAUAUGGGCCUAUAACGACGCCUACCAUCAGCUGCAGACUGAGUUUCAAGGCUCGGAAGCUACCGCGUACCCUGCCUAUCAGGAUGUUCGGAAAGAGCUCCAAGCUCGCAGAAAAGGCAGACAGUUCUACAAGCCGAGUGAGCACAAGGGCAAGGGCAAAGGAAAGACCAAGCAGCGAACCGCUCCUGGGCGUUUCGGCAAAGGCCGUGGAAAGGGCGGCAACCGUUCUUUCAAAGGCAAAGGCUGUGGCUACAACCGCGGGACAGCCGAAGACCUUCUUGCACGAACUCUUUGCUACGGCUGUGGUGAGCUUGGCCAUUUCAGCAGGGACUGCCCGAACAACAACCAGGUGCAGUCAGCUGACGGCCGGAACAACUUCGUUGUCAGUCAAGGCCAGGGCGCUCUGAAUAGAACGUUCAUGAACGUGGCGCGGCGCCCUCCUUCUGCCCGCAUCAUAAGCAUCUUUGCUGGAGUGCGCACGGGAUCUGGACAGGGCUUGGUGGACAGUGCAGCCGAGGAGGCGGUGAUCGGCAGCGAGGCCUUCUCGCGGCUGCGGGACACCUUGCAGCGCCAAGGGCUCAGGCCUGUUCCAGUGAAAGGUCCCACCGGCACCUGCGCCGGGAUCGGCGGCUCAGCUCGGAUUGUGAACAUCUGGGAUGUACCGAUUGGCGUUUGUCAAACCAACGGCUUGCUGCGGGUGACGGAAGUCCAGGACACCGAAGGCUUUGAGACACCGUUGUUGCUUCCGGUGUCGUACCAGGAGCUCGUGGGCAUGGUCAUCGACUAUGACAAAGAGGAAGUGCGGACUCGGCAAGGCCGGGCAGCACCUAUGCAGCGGCUGCCAUCUGGGCACAGAGCCAUUUCGGUCGUGGAGUUCAAUGGUCGAUGGCAGUUACCACGAGAGCUGCAGCACGGGGGCAAAGACCCAUUUCAGAUGCCUCGGCCGACCAAGGCUUCUCCGCAGACCGGACCAGUUCAAAAACACCGGGGCGUCACCGUUUGGCUGCGACAUCCUUGUGGUGACCUGCAAAAGCUUUGUGUUCUAGAUGGCCCGCGCACUAGUUUGGUAGUUCCCUCGGAGUGCAUGCCUUCUGAAAUGCUGCCUUACCUGGACCCUACGCGAGUGACCUUCCUCGAUGCCUUGCCCGACCAUGUGCCCUAUGUGAUCAACGAUGUAUGGCAUGGUAGUUUGGGCUCGCGUAAACUGGAUGCUCCCUGGACGGGUACUGUGGUGUUUCAACAGGUAGCUUCUGCCUCCACUUCACAGGUUGCGGACGCAGUUUCGGCGCCACCAGCUUGUUUGCCUUUGUCUGGCCAGGCCUCUUCAGCGACUGUGGCUUCACCGUCGGUGGGCCAGGCGCCCCAGCACUACGUGUUGGACAGUGCUGAGCAUGAUUUGGAGGGUGUGUUUUCUUCAGUUGGGGAGGCAGUGGACGUUUCUCCGACUUUGCCGGUUUCGAGCCACCAUCCUAAUCAUGCAUGGCAGCGUGUUCGUGAGAAGGGCAACAAGUUGAUUGCGGCCUUGCAAAGUGGUGCCCAGCGGCAUGUUCCUCAACGAUCUGCGUUCUUUAUGGCGUGGGCCCGAGAUCGAAGCAGGGAUUCCUCUAUGCUUUCCGGAGAGCUCACGGAGCGACCGCAACAAGGUCCACGUCGCCGAGGCACAGAAUGGUGCCACAAGAUGUGGGCACGGCUGAUCCGUGUCGUGUUGAGAAUGAUCGUGACCACCCGCGACCAGAUGGUGCUGGAUGCUUUGACGGUGGAACCGGCGAUGGGCAGCUCUGCGUCUUCGUCAACGGCGCCACCGCCCAAGGCUCGGAGCAAUCGCGACAAGAAGCCGAUGAAGCAGGGCAUUGGGCACCAACUGGCCCGAAGCCAGACGCAGAAGCAAUGGCCACAGGAGCCGGAGGACUGUCGGCACCCCGAGGACCAGUUGCGCAUGAGGGGCAACCAAGCCAAGCACUGGUGGGUGUGCCUGAACUGUGGAAGCAGAUGGGAGAGGACCGAGGCGGCCAUGACGGUACCGGGUCAAGGUGCUCUCCCUGCUCAGGUUCGUCCGGUGUAUCGCUCGACGGCUCCACCCAAGCUUCUGCCACCACCAAGGUCCCGGACCGACCUCGGCACGAUCACUCUGGAGCAGGCUCGAAUGGCUCCAGCUGCAACGCCAACGGAGGCGGCACCGAGCACUACGGCACGGACGGGGAGAACCGCAUGGAGAUCGGCGGCCGCGUCCUACCAGGAGCCGGCGAUCCACCCGAAGUUCGGAGUGACGAAGGUGCCGGAGGCCGCGGGCUACCCGGACGCCAUGUUCACGAACGAGCCCGAUUACCAGAUCACGACCGAAGGGCAGACAAGCGGGUGUCAUUCGACGAGGGCACUGGCGCUUUUCCAGCCAGGGUCUCCGGUCCGAGAUCUGGAGAGGGUGGACGCACGACGCAUGAUGGCAUCCGCUCCAAGGGAGUGGGCGGACUACCAGCCCGAGGCGGUCCACCUCCGCGAGGGUCCGACGGAGCUGUACUCGAUCCACGACAGCGAUCAGGACUCCAGCCCGGACAAGACGCCAAACUCCUUUGCGAUGGUCGAGAAUCCGGAGGGCGACGACUUGUGA